AUGAACGACCUUUUCUCGACGAACUCGUUCAAGAAGUAUGCGGACGCGAACCCGGAGACGUCGGCGGCCGACAUGGAGGGCGGCGGCAUGAACGGGGCGAACCUGGACCAGUUCUUCUCGGACGUGGAGGCUGUGAAGGAGGACCUAAAGGGCUUCGAGACCCUGCACAAGCGGCUGCAGUCCACCAACGAGGAGACCAAGACGGCGCACGACGCCCGCACCAUCAAGGCCCUCCGCUCCCGCAUGGACGGAGACGUCGAGCAGGUGCUCAAGCGCGCCAAGGCCGUCAAGGCCAAGCUCGAGGCGCUCAAGCGCGACAACGCCAACUCCCGCAAGGCGCCCGACUGGGGCCCCGGGUCCUCUGUCGAUCGAACCCGCACCUCUGUCGUCGCCGGCCUCGGCAAGAAGCUCAAGGAUAUCAUGGACGACUUCCAGGGGCUGAGGGCGAAGAUGGCGGCGGAGUACAAGGAGACGGUGGCGCGGCGGUACUUCACGGUGACGGGCGAGCACGCGGAGGAGAGCACGAUCGACUCGCUCAUCUCGUCCGGGGAGAGCGAGUCGUUCCUGCAGAAGGCGAUCCAGGACCAGGGGCGCGGGCAGGUGAUGGACACCAUCUCGGAGAUCCAGGAGCGGAGCGACGCCGUCAAGGACAUCGAGCGCAGCCUCAUGGACCUGCACCAGGUGUUCCUCGACAUGGCGGCGCUCGUCGAGGCGCAGGGGCACCAGAUCAACGACAUCGAGAGGCACGUCGCGCACGCCAGCUCCUUCGUGCGCCGGGGCACCGUCGAGCUGGAGCAGGCGCACGAGAUCCAGAAGGACACCCGCAAAUGGAUGUGCUUCGCCGUCCUCGGGGGCAUCGCGCUCGUCGUCGUCCUCGUCACGCCGGUGCUCAUCAACCUCCACAUCUUGACGCUCAGAUGA